UAGAUGCGAGAGGGUAGUUUUCCGCGAAGGAUCGGCUUGCUUCUAGGCUUACUGGGCCUUUUAGCCGGAGUUGCCACCUUCAACAUCGACACAAAAAAUGUAGUGGUUCAUCACAUGGCUGGUAACUACUUUGGAUACUCACUCGAUUUUUACCAUGAGCAGAAGGGAAUGCCUGUCCUCGUUGUCGGUGCCCCUGAAGCUGAAAGCAAUAACCCAAACCUGGCUGGAAUCCGAAGACCUGGAGCAGUUUAUGCUUGCUCCGUGAACCGGGCAACAUGCCGAGAAGUCCACGUGGAUAAAAUGAAGGGAAACUUGAAGAAACUCAAUGGAUCACAUCUUGUUCCAAUUGAAGAAAAAUCACAUCAAUUCUUUGGUGCAACUGUUCGAUCAAAUGAUAAGCAUGAUAAAAUUGUGGUGUGUGCUCCAAAAUACACAUAUUUCUACUCAAAAUUCGAAGUUAUUGAGCCAGUUGGAACCUGUUUCUAUGCUGAAAAUGGAUUUGAUAAUGCGGAGGAGUUUUCAUCGUGCAAACAAGAACCUGCUCGCCACGGUCGUCAUCGUCUUGGAUACGGUCAGUGCGGAUUCUCGGCUGCAGUUCCAGGAAAGAAGAAUCAAAAUCGUGUUUUUAUUGGAGCCCCCGGUGUGUGGUAUUGGCAAGGAGCAAUGUUCUCACAGAACAUCAAAAAUCAGACAGACCGCCCGAAUACCGAGUACGGUAGCAAGGAAUACGAUCACGAUAUGAUGGGAUAUUCUACAGCAACUGGAGAUUUUGAUGGAGAUGGUAUUGAUGAUAUUGUUGCCGGAGUUCCACGUGGAAACGAUUUGCACGGAAAAUUGGUGUUAUACACGUCGAAACUGAAGAUGAUGAUCAAUUUGACUGAUGAGGUGUCAACUCAACAUGGACAAUAUUGUGGAGGAUCUGUUGCAGUUGCUGAUGUAAAUAAAGAUGGACGCGACGACAUUAUCAUGGGCUGCCCAUUCUACACAGAUUACGGUAGCGUGAAAGACGCAAAAACACAAGAAAGAAAACCACAAUACGAUGUCGGAAAGGUCAUUGUGAUGCUUCAAACUGCUCCAGGAGUCUUUGGAAAACAGAUUGCAGUUGUUGGAGAUGAUCAGUGGGGACGAUUUGGACACGCAGUCGCAGCAGCUGGAGACUUGAAUUUGGAUGGUUAUAAUGAUGUAAUUGUUGGUGCACCAUAUGCUGGAAAAAACAAACAAGGAGCUGUUUAUGUGAUCCACGGAUCCAAAGAUGGUGUUCGCGAACUACCAACUCAGAAGAUCGAAGGAGCCAAUAUUGGUCAUGGAAAUAUCAAAUCAUUUGGCUUCUCCCUUACUGGAAACGAAGAUGUUGAUGGAAAUGGAAUGCCAGACAUUGCAGUUGGAGCAUGGAAAUCUGGAAAUGCAGCUGUUUUACUCACAAAACCAGUUGUCACUGUCACGGGACAAACUGAACCAGAGAGUGCAUUGAUCAGUGUAGAAGAUAAGAAUUGCGAUGUUGAUGGAAAAUUGGGAAAACAGGCAUGCAAACAUAUUAAUACAUGUUUCAAAUAUGAAGGAAAAGGAGAUACACCAAAUGAUUUGGAAUUUGAUCUUCGAUUCAAUCUUGAUGAUCAUUCUCCUGAACCAAGAGCUUAUUUCUUGCAAAAAGAUGUGAAAUCUGACAGAAGCAUUAAAGUUGCACAAGGAUCUAAAACAAGAGACCAUCCAUCUUCAAUCGAACAACGUGUUCGUCUUGAGAAGGGACGACAAAAGUGUUUCAGACAUCGAUUCUUUGCUUCUUCCACAAUGAAAGACAAGCUCUCCCCAAUUCAUUGGUCCGUCAACUACACAUAUGUUGAAUCAAAAACCGGAAAACUUCGUGGUGAUAAGCUUGAACCAGCAAUUGACACAACUGUACCACUUUCAUUCCAAAAUAAGAUUAAUAUUGCAAAUAAUUGUGGAAAAGAUGAUCUUUGUGUUCCUGAUUUGAAGGUUACCGCUGUUGCUGAUCGUGAGAAAUUCCUUUUGGGAACUCAAGACAAUACAAUGCUUAUCAAUGUAACAGUUCAAAAUGGAGGAGAAGAUUCAUAUGAGACAAAACUUUAUUUCGAUGUUCCACAAGGAUUCGAAUACGGUGGAAUUGAAAGUGUUGGUGGAGAUGGAAGCAAGUCUGCUCCAGCUUGUUCUCCAACUUCCGAUGAACCAGAUUCGGAUGGAAAAUGGACUUUUGCAUGUGAUCUCGGCAAUCCACUUCCAGCUAACAAAGUAGUUAGUAGUGUUGUAAGAGUGACUGCUUCUUCUGAUAAACCUCCACUUGCUCCAAUCAGUAUUAAUGCUCAUGUGAACAGUAGUAAUGAUGAAGAAGCUCAUACUGUUGCUGAUAAUAAAGUCACAUUCACUAUUCCAGUUGAUUUUAAGAAUCAAUUGAGUUUGAAUGGUAGAUCAAAUCCCGAACAAGUCGAUUUCUCAAUGACGAACAAAACACGUGUAGAUGCUUUCGAUGACAAUGAAAUUGGUCCAGUUGUUUCACAUCUUUAUCAAAUCAGUAAUCGUGGUCCAUCUGAGGUUGACUCAGCUACUUUGGAUAUCUUCUGGCCAUCAUUUUCCACUGAAGGAGGUCAUCUUCUGUACAUUAUCACAGAACCAGUUGUUAAUCCACCAAAUAAAGGAAGAUGUCGGGUCAAACAACUGCAAAAUGUUAAUCCAUUGAAUUUGAGGAUAACAAAUGAGCAUGUUCCAACUGAACCACCAGUUGCCAAGACACCAAAUGAAUAUUCAAGAGAAGAAGAUGAUGAAUCAUAUGAAGAUGAAACAACAACUCAAUCCCAAUCAACACGUCAUCAAUCUACACAACAUCAAACUCAUCAUCAAUCUGGUCCAGUACAUGUAUACGAAAAAGACGAGGAGAAGAUUCGUCAGAAUACUGGAAAUUGGCAAUAUGUUGAGGAUAAAAAGAAGAAGGGAGAUUAUGAAUAUAUUCCAGACGAUCAGGAAUAUGAUGGAGAUGAUUUUGAAGAGGAAGAUGAUGAAGAUUUUGAUAGAGCUGGAAGUAAGAGAGUUAAAAGAAAUCCAACACCAAAGAAGAAGAAGAAGGGAGGAGAACACCGUGGUGAACCAAGAAGUGAUAAGGCUAGAUUCUCUGAUCUUCGUGAAGCUGUUAAACUUUCGAAGGAAGCUGGAGGAGUUGUUGAUUAUAAGGGACCACUAUCAAGAGCAUCUGUUGAUUGUAAUUCAUUGAGAUGUACACAUAUUGAAUGUGAUAUUUAUGAUCUUAAAGAAGACGAGUUUGUACUUGUGGAAAUCUUCUCUAGAUUAUACACAAACACAUUGGUUGAUGAGAAAAAUCCUGGAGGAGACAUUUCAUCGUUGGCUCUUGCUCGUGUCACAUCUACUAAAUACAAUCUUCCACAUAAGCCAACAUUGAUAACAGCAGUAUCUACAAAUAUGAAUGCAAUUGCUUCUGAAGAAGGAAGAGAUCUUCCUUGGUGGCUUUAUCUUUUGGCUAUUCUUAUUGGACUUGCCAUUUUGAUUCUUCUUAUUUUACUGCUCUGGAGGUGUGGUUUCUUCAAACGUAAUCGUCCACCAACUGAGCAUGCAGAACUCCGUGCCGACCGUCAACCAAAUGCUCAAUACGCUGAUAGUCAAUCCCGUUAUACAUCACAAGAUCAGUACAAUCAGGGACGUCACGGACAAAUGCUAUAAUAUUUUCCAUUUUUUGUUCCUUAUUCUUUACUAUUCACAUCUGCGGGUGUCUUUUUAAAAUUAUCAUUUUGGUCCCAAUUUAGUCCUCUUGUCGUGCCUUGCCCCCCAAUCUUACUUUCAUGUUCGAUCGUUUUUCGGAAUCUCCGCUCAAUUUGGUGCUUUAUAUGUUCAUAUUAUGUUUCUUUGUUUUCCAAUUAAUUACCAAUACAUUGACAUGUUUCUAGUCGAUAUUUUUGAUGUUUUUUCUUUUAUUAUCAUCAAUUUAUUAAUAAAAAUUUAAUAAAUAAA